AAGGCAACUCAGGGUUUGGGCGUAGUGUAGGCGCCUGCCGAGUUUUGAGGACCGUAGUCCGUGAUACAGCAGAGCAGCCAUGGCAGAGCCUCAGCCCGCAUCUGGCGGCCUUACUGACCAGGUUGCCCUCGAUUGCUGCUCGGACCCGGACCCCAGCACCAAGGAUUUUCUGUUGCAGCAGACCAUGCUGCGAAUUAAGGAUCCUAAGAAGUCCUUGGAUUUUUAUACUAGAGUUCUUGGAAUGACGCUACUCCAAAAAAUAGAUUUUCCCACUAUGAAGUUUUCACUCUAUUUCUUGGCUUAUGAGGAUAAAAAUGACAUCCCAAAAGAUAAAAAUGAAAAAGUAGCAUGGGUAUUCUCCAGAAAAGCUACGCUUGAACUGACACAUAAUUGGGGCACUGAGGAUGAUGAGACCCAGAGUUACCACAGUGGCAAUUCAGACCCUCGAGGAUUUGGUCACAUUGGAAUUGCUGUUCCCGAUGUACAUGGUGCUUGUAAAAGAUUUGAAGAACUGGGAGUCAAAUUUGUGAAGAAACCUGAUGAUGGUAAAAUGAAAGGCCUGGCAUUUAUUCAAGAUCCUGAUGGCUACUGGAUUGAAAUUUUGAAUCCUAACAAAAUGAUAACUCUUACUUAGUUCUAUGACAAUAAUGCUUUGAGAUUUCAGUGAGAAGUGAAAAAGUGAAACAAUGUGAUUUGAGAUAUUCAGAUAACAGAAGCAUCUAGGGCUGAUGUUUCACUGUCCCAGUUCAAAUUAUUCUUAAGUCCAUAACCCCUCCUGUUUCAGCUGUGUUUUUAACCUAUCUAUUCAGUCAUUCUAGUUUUAGAGUAGUGCUUUGUCUUGUGUCCUUGAACGUAGUUGUAUAACAUUACUUUUUUAGGUAAUAAUUAGAACAGUUCCCCUCAAAGGCUGUAUUUGCCUUCUCUCUCCUAACUAUGACUUCUCUACAAGUCUACCUUUGAAUCAUUUAACAAAAAAACAUUUAACAUGUUCUUAUGGCAACCUUCUGGGGUUUUAGUUCCUCAGAGGUAAUUUUCACAGUAGAAAGUAAAGAGUGCUGAACAAAAAUGAAACUUUCUGUGUUCUUCAAAUAGUAUAAAGUGUUUACAAAAGAGAAGGCACUCUUGGGAGCAGUUCAGAAUCCUGCUGACAAGGAUGCUGGCAGAAAAACUAAUUUCUUCUUAUUUAUAAAGUACUUUCAAAGUUCAAGGACUAACCUCUUUAAUUUGGGAAGGGGGAGGAGGAUGGGGAUAUUAUUUCCUGAAUAUGUAUGUCACGUAUUUUAUCUCGCUUAAUCCUCCCAACUAUCCUGUGAAAAAGGAAAGAGGCUAGACAUGUAAAAUAACUUGAAUAAAUUAAGACAAUAAAAAUAGACUCAAGUACUCAA